AUGCAGGUAUCUAUUGGUACACACAAUCUGGGUGUGGUCGAAGCUUCAGUGGCCGACACUGCUGACUAUGACCUCAUCCUGGGGUUCACUGAGCUACGGAGGCUCAAACCCACCAUACAAUGGGAUAUGGGCCAGCUAGAGUUCAAGACUCAGGAGCAGGACCGACCCCCAAGGAGACCCCCUGAAGCAGCAAGAGCAGGGGACCUAACCAUGAGGAGACCAACCCUUCAUGCUCUAGAAGAUGGACCCAUAGGGUUCAUGCUGUUGGAGGAGCCACCAUCAUCACUCCUGGCCUUUGGUUUUGUACCUACAGGCACAGACAAAGGAGUCGAGAUGGAGGUGGAGGUAGACAAGGUGGUGACAGCUGCAGACAUACCAAAGCCAUACCAACACCUGCGAGAUGUGUUUGAUGAGGUGGAAGCAGACAAGCUGCCCCAUCAUACCGAGCAUGAUCUCCACCUCGAGUUGAUAGAAGGAGGUAAGCCACCUCAAGGGCCCCUAUACCUUAAGGGACCCAAGGAGAUGUCCGAGUUGAGGAGAUACUUGGAUGAGAACCUCGAGAAGGGGUUCAUAAGACCAUCGAAGAGCCCGGCACAAUCACCAGUGCUCUUCGUACCAAAGAAGGAUGGAGGUCUCAGACUCUGUGUGGACUACAGAGGUCUCAACGAGAUCACUGUCAAGAACAGGGCACCAUUGCCCCUCAUCGAGGAGCAGCUGUUCUUACUCAGGAAGGCAAGGAUCUAUACCAAGCUAGACCUUAGAGCAGCAUACAACCUCAUCUGGAUUGCUAAAGGAGAUGAAUGGAAGACAGCUUUUGGCACUCAGUUGGGACUCUAUGAGUAUCUAGUGAUGCCCUUUGGCCUAGCCAAUGCUCCAGCUCACUUCCAGUCAUUCAUCAAUGACAUCUUCCAAGACAUCAUUGGGAUAUAUGUGGUAGUAUACCUAGAUGACUUCCUGAUCUUCAGUGACACUGAAGAAGCACAUGUGAAGCAUGUCACUGAGGUCCUCACUCGCUUAAGGAGCAACAGGCUCUUUGCUAAGCUGUCAAAGUGUGAGUUCCACACCAAGACAGUCGAGUUCCUGGGGUACAUCAUCAAGCCAAUGGGCAUAGAGAUGGACCCAGAAAAGGUGCACACUGUCAAGGAGUGGCCAAUGCCAGAGUCAAUCCAUGACAUCCAGAGGUUCCUGGGUUUUGCCAACUUCUAUCAAAGGUUCAUAGCCCACUUUGCUCACAUAGCCAAGCCCUUGACAGCACUGGUAAAGCCUAUAGAACGGUUCAAGAAGUUUGAGCUACCAGAGGAGGCCCAACAGGCCUUCCACAAGCUCAUCCAGGCCUUCACAUCAGCAGGAGUGCUUCAGCACUUCGACUACCACCUUCCAACAAGGUUGGAGACUGAUGCAAGUGACUUUGCUAUAGCAGGAGUACUCAAGCAGGAGCAUGAAGGACAAUGGCAUCCAGUGGCCUUCUACUCUAGGAAGAUGUCUUCUGCUGAGAAGAACUAUGAAAUCCAUGACAAGGAGCUCCUAGCUGUGGUCGCCUGCCUUACUCAGUGGCGACACAUGCUAGCUGGACUACCAAGUCAACUGGUCAUCCUCACUGACCAUGAAGCCCUCAAGUACUUCAAGUCACAGAGACACAUCACAGGUCGACAGGCUCAAUGGGCCAUACUACUAGCAGACUUCGACUUCAUAUUGCAGUAUCGACCAGGAGACAAAGGUGGUGAACCUGAUGCUCUCACCAGAAGGACUGACAUGCAACCAGCUGGUGAAGAGCAGGAUCACAAUGUGAGGCAACUACUGCCUCCUCGAGUGUUCAAGGAGACAGCAGACCAUGACUCGACCCUAGUGGCCCCUAUGCUCUCGAUGGAGUCCAUAGCAUCAAAAGGUCUCAAAGACCUGGUCAAGAUCUUCCAGCCCUUAGACCAAGAGCUACAGGAGAUACAUAGGAAGAAGCCCUUCGAACUCAAGGACGACCUAUGGUACAGUGGAGGAAGGUUGGUUAUCCCCAAAGUAACCAUGCCAGGGAGGACCAACAACCGACACUCAAGGAGUGCCAAAGAGGUAGAUGGACAGUCCCUCUCUGUAGAGCAUCUGCGAUUCAUGGUGAUGACCCAAUGCCAUGAUGGUAUCACUGCUGGACAUGUGGGAAGAGAUGCUACCAUCAAGGCAGCUCAACGACAUUACUGGUGGCCAAACAUGACAGCUUGGAUUGCAGACUAUGUAGCAAGUUGUCCUGUAUGUGCUAGGUACAAAGCUCCUCGUCACCGUCCAUAUGGUUUGCUACAGCCACUAGCAACACCAGACAGGCCCUGGGGCUCCAUAUCCCUCGACUUCAUCGAAGGACUACCACCAUCGAAGAAGUAUGACUCCAAGACCUAUGACUCUAUCUUAGUCAUUGUCGACAGGUUAACCAAGUUUGCCAUACUAGCUCCAACCCAUAAGAUGGUCAUGGCCAAACAGACUGCAGUGUUGCUAUAUGGACACAUGGUUAGACUCUUCGGAUACCCAGAUCACAUGGUCUCGGACCGAGGCAGGCAGUUCAUAUCAGGAGCAUGGAAGGCAUUUGCAGAGCAAAUGGGUGUGAAGCACUCACUUAGCACGGCUUACCAUCCUCAAACUGAUGGUCAGACAGAGAGAGUCAAUCAGGUCAUAGAGCAAUACCUCAGGAUGUACUGCAACUAUGAACAGGAUGACUGGGCCAACCUGCUGGACACUGCAGCCUUUGUAUACAACAACACAGUCCACAACAGCAUUGGAGUCAAUGACCCAGGUUGCUUCGAGUACCUCAUGGAUGGAAAGGAGCGUUGCAAGUACCUCCAGGAGCAGAUCAGAGAGGCACAACAUAGAUCAGUAGACCAGUAUAACAGGAAGCACAAGGACAUCGAGUUUAAGGUGGGUGAUAUGGUCUAUAUCAACCGUCGAAACUGGAAGACACGGAGACCCACACCCAAGUUAGAUACCUGGUUUGCAGGACCCUACCCAGUUCAGGAACAGGUAGGACACCGAGCUUAUCGAGUCACAUUGCCAGCAAACCUUAGGGUGCAUGAUGUGUUCCAUGUCUCCAUGCUCGAGCCAGCAAGAACAAGUUCUCUUCCUCAACAUGCUGAACAGCCCACCAUACCAUCACUUCCAGAUGAGGACCUCGACUUCGAAGUCGAAGCACUCAUCGACAAGCGUUCACACAAUGGGACUACAGAGUACAAGGUGUUGUGGAGAGGGUACUCAGAUGAAGCUGCUUCAUGGGAACCAGUAGAGAACCUCAACUGUCCCGACCUCAUCCAGGAGUAUGAGGUGUUGGAGGGGGGAUGA